AAGGCGCCUGAAAGUGUCCUGACUCCGCCAUACACGCCCGCGAUCAGCAGGAAGAACGCUAUCAAAGCUCCGAAUAGUGCAUCGAGUGACCGACCGAUUUCGCAUCUGUUACAUACACCAAACGAAGAGAGCAUCAUACACGCCCCUCUGAGCCCCGCCAGGCCCCCUUCCAGCGGAUCCACCAAAGGUCCCAGCAAGCUUGAUGCCUUCUCCAUGCAAGCCAUAGAAAGACAUCGUGUGUUCGUGGAGAAGGAAGCUGCUGCAUCGACCGAUGAGCAGCGUCUGGAACUCUUUGCAAAUUUUCUGGUACAUGAGUCGAGGCUGCGUCGGGAUCGAUACACUGCCGCUUACAAUGCUAUGGCUGGUGACAUUGUGGACCUCACCAGAGACAUGUGGCGACCAUAUGCAUCGAAGAGUAGUCGCCGAGCUAUCACGCCGACCACUUCAAUGUCUUCUUUCGAUCCUACUGUGCCUUCAUGGACCUCUGAUGGUCAGCCCGUUUCCGCGAAUGGAAACGCUCCGAGCUCUGCGACGCAGUGGGCUGAGUCUUUCAAACCUUCGCUGUCGCCGAUUCCCAGUAUGGCUGUCAGCACUGUUCCUGACGAGAAUGAUUCUCGUGGCCGUACAGCAAGUCGCUGGUGGGACAAUCCCAGCCAGCCUGGUGCUGGAUCGAUUGGACGACCUGACCGUAUUGAGAAGUCUCGUCGGGAGACCAAGUACAUGGGCAUCAACCCCGCUGCUCUUCAAGCGAGUGGUCAAGAGCAUCCAGAUCCCUCUCCAGCCUUGAGCAAUUCCGCCUAUACAUACGGGCCUGAUGAGUACCCUCCUGAGAAGGUCGGCUGGCAUGAUGGAGUUGAUCUCGAUACCCCGAUACCGACUCCGCAGAGGUUCGGAGUGUCGACCCCGGGCGUCGAGCCUCUUGACGUGUCCAGGCUUGUGACUCUACCGCCGCCAUAUCCUCGCCAUCAUCCUGCUGUGAAUAAUAGUCACCCACAAUUGAGUGACUUGCGCAGCGAGCAUCGACUUUUGGCGGACUUGUCAGCGAUCCAGAAGAUUAAGGACGAUUAUCUGGAGAAAGACUUCGCUCUAUCACAAGAACAGCAAAGUGCUGGAAAGAAACGCCGAAGCAGACUGCGAACCGACAUACAGAGCAGAAUCGCAGAUGGUAGUAUAUCCUUCGCCGACGCAGCAAACGCUGAGGCAGAUUUCGACGAAGAAGAAGCCGAACGAGGAAAGGUCAACGCUCGUGCAAUCUUCGAUCUCUUCGAGACCAGUGUUGCUCAUCCGUUGAACACGCUCCUGACAGAGCGACUCGCAAAAGCAAACGACUGCAUACGCCAAUUACGCACCGAUCUUGAAGGCAAUCGCCACUCGACGAAUCCGAACGAAGCACAGGAAGAAGGCGACGAACACCCCGAGCGUCUCGAGAAGCUGACUCUCCUCAAAUGGCUCUUUGAGGCUCGCGAGCAGCUGCACAAAGAAAUGUCCGAUCUCCACGGCAUGCGCAGCGAAAAGUACUCCGAGGUGAUCCUCACGCCCUACCGCAUCGCAAAAUUGCAGUCCAAAAUCGACGAAGCCACGUCAUUUUUCCAGAAAGACAGUCUCGAGCGACAAGUCAGUCUAGCAAAGGACUCCCUCAAGCGUCUCGAGGAGCUGCAAGGCAUCAUGGAGUCGAACGUCUCCCGCGGCGUGGAAGACCAACUCUCCGCCUUCUGGGACAUUGCUCCUGGUUUACUCGAAGUGAUUCAACAGAUCCCUACAUCCCCGACACAGAUGUCUCGACUGGAAAUCCAGAUCCCUUGCCAGGAAUACGACGAAAACCCAUCGUACCAUCAACACCCACUGCAAUACCUCUACUCCCUCCUUGGCCACGCCGAAAAGAGCGCGUACCAAUUCAUCGAGUCGCAGACGAAUUUGCUCUGUUUGCUGCACGAAGUCCGCACGGCGACGACGAAGUCGAGACUGAGAAGGCUGGAAAUUGAGAGGCAGGCGAGUGCGCCUGGAGAUGAGGAGAUUCGAGCGGAAAUGAUGCAGGCGAGGCGGGAGGCGGAGGAUGUGUUGACGAGGGAGUUGAAGGAGAAGGUCGGGGAGGUGGAGAGGCAGUGGGUUGAGGCUUUGGGAGAGGGAAUGGAGGAGUGUAGGGAUGCUGUGAGGGCGUGGUUAGAGGAGAGUGGUGGGUUGGAGGAG